AUGGGGUCCCUUGCAAAUGAAAUUCUAAUCCAACUUAAACGUUUUUUAGUUGAAGGUGAAUUGCCCUGGUCUGAUUGCGUUUAUUAUAGUAUGACUGUGGUUACUACCAUUGGAUAUGGUCAUAUUAUACCAAAAACGAGUUUUGCAAAAAUUCUGACAAUGUUGGUGGCAACAGUUGGCAUUGUAUUAAAUUUUGUUUUUAUUGCUGCGCUAGGCGAAUGUAUCAAACGCAAUAUGGAUCGAUUUUCGUCUCCGUUUUUACAGAAAUUUGAUGAGGAAAAUCGAAAAUGGAAAUUUGUUGUUAAAUUUUUUACCUACGGAUUAUUUGGAACCACUCUCAUUCUUGUAUUAGCGGUAUUAGUUAGUCAUGUUGAACAGUGGACAUAUUUAGAUGCAUUCUAUUUUGUUUAUGUUACACUCAGCACGGUGGGAGAUCAAGUAUAUAUAGCACUAUUGAUUCAAACAACUGCUGACUAUUUUAGUGAACAUUCAAUGGAAAUAAUGAAAUUAGCUGCAACAAAUAUUGUUCGUUUCAAUUGUGGAACGUACAUUGUUACUCAAGAGAAAGAUAAUUUCUAUAAACGAUUUAUGUUAUCUAAUAAUUAUUUAAAAACCAAGCACCAACGACCAUCAACACAAUCAUUGAUAAAUAAACAACAAUUAUCGUCUCCCAGACGAAGUAGAAUACGUCCAACAUUGCAUAGAAAAUUAUCAGAUUUGAGAGAAAGCUUAAAAUUGAAAAGAGUAAUAGCAGAUAAUUCAGAUCGUAGAAUGUCAACAUGGAGUCAUGCAUCAACAAACACGGGCAUAGAUUUUGAUAACAGACAGAAAAUAGAUAAUCAUAAUCAAAUUAUUUCUGACUUACAAGAGAUAGCAGAAUCAAAAUGCUAA